GAGUGAGCAAGGGAAAGCCAUGAGAUGUCUUAGCAAUACGGUUUGGAGGCAUUUUUCGUCCAAUUCCAAAGGCCCCCUUGGCUUACUGCUUGUCUCAAUCUGGACGGGGGAAAAUCAUGGUGAUGGCAGAAAGGUGUAAGGGGCAACCUAUCCGGGUGGGAUUUUACGAUAUCGAGAGAACUAUCGGCAAGGGGAACUUUGCCGUCGUGAAGCUCGCCCGGCACAGGAUCACGAAAACUGAGGUUGCUAUAAAAAUCAUUGACAAAACCCAGCUGGAUGAAUCCAAUUUGAAAAAGAUCUAUCGUGAAGUCCAGAUUAUGAAGAUGCUAAACCAUCCUCAUAUCAUAAAGCUCUACCAGGUGAUGGAAACAAAGAACAUGUUGUAUCUGGUCUCAGAAUAUGCCCCAAAUGGAGAGAUCUUUGAUUACAUUGCCAAGCGUGGCCGAAUGUCGGAAACAGUCUCUAGGAAGAUGUUUUGGCAGAUACUCUCAGCUGUGGAAUACUGUCACAAUCGGCAUGUUGUUCAUAGAGACCUGAAAGCAGAGAACCUUUUGUUAGAUGCAAAUAUGAAUAUCAAAAUAGCAGACUUUGGUUUUGGAAAUUUUUUCAAACAUGGUGAACAGCUUGCGACAUGGUGUGGCAGUCCACCUUAUGCUGCACCAGAGGUCUUUGAAGGCAAAAAAUACUUAGGGCCACAGAUUGAUAUUUGGAGCCUGGGUGUGGUGCUGUAUGUUCUGGUUUGUGGAGCUUUACCAUUUGAUGGUCACAACCUACAGACAUUACGGGACCGAGUGCUCUCUGGAAGAUUCAGGAUACCCUUCUUUAUGUCAACAGAAUGUGAACAGUUAAUACGUCGCAUGCUGGUCCUAGACCCUUCCAAGAGGUACACAAUUGAACAAAUUAAACUUCAUCGGUGGAUGCAACAGGAGGGAGAGCCCCAGAAGUUAUCCCCCACAAGUCCACUUAUAGGUUACAAUGCCAAAAUGGGAGAGUUUAAUGAGCAAAUAUUACGUCUGAUGCAGAGUUUGGGGAUUGAUCAGCAGAAAACCAUGGAGGCUCUUCGGAGUGAUGCAUACGACCAUUACACUGCAAUUUACUACCUUCUGUUAGACAGACUCAAAUUACACAGGAGCAGUUUUCCUAUAGAAAAUAGACUUGAUGCCCGUAAGCGGCGCCCCAGCUCUAUAGCUGAGCAGGCUAUACUGAGGGGAAACCCAGGGCAGUCUGUGAUCUCAUCCAGCACAAACCAAAAACCCACCCUUGUCAGUGUAAAACAAGGUGUGUUCAGUAGGACGACAGACUGUGUUAUUCCGCCCAUACGGCCUGUUCCAGUCAACCCUCAGCCUCUCUUUACAGACUCUGAGGGCAUCACUAUACCACAAGGUGUUCUGGCCUGUCUCCCAGAUAUCAUCCCCCAACCAUGUGUUCAAAAGUCCCCUCCCGUGACAGGCCACAUGAUCACCACCUCCAUUGAUGAGGGGGUGGAAGCAGACAUUCUCUCCGAGAAAGAUUGUGAGACGGGGGACAAUCAGUCUACGGGUUCCCGUCGGAAUGUGUGUACGGACAAGUGCGGGCUAGCUCCCAGCAGCCUGUAUGGUGACAUGAGCCAGUAUGUACCUAAUUCCAACAGCAACACGUCUCUCACAAGUGGCAUGGCCUCACCAUUUACCAGCUUUGACUCGACGUUAGAGUCAGACAUGAUGUCCAGUGUUUCUAGUGGUCAGGGUGUGUUUGCUCCUUGUUCUUACAGUGCUUAUCCUGGUAAUAAUAAUAAUUGUACGGGUCAGCCACCUAUAACCUCAGUGGCACCUCAAGCAAAGACUUCAGCUAAUGCAAACACAAACAAUCCCACACAAUCUCCAUUGGAGGAACUGUCUCAGGACAGGACGCAAACCAGAUCUCCUGUCAACUUCAGGGAGGGUAGGCGUGCAUCUGACGGACUUGUUACGCAAGGCGUCAUUGCUUUCAGACAGCGUUUGCGAGAAAGCAUGAGAGCGACGGGUAUGAUAGAGCUGCGCCAGGAGCAUCAGCACUUGCAGAACUUGUACAGAACAAACCUAACACCUGAAGAGAUUGUUCAGCUGCAGAGGCAGCAUCAUCAGUACCAUGAGCGUGCCAAUGUUCGUCAGUGGUCUCUGGAUGACAAGUACAUGCAGCCCGAGCGGCCACGCCCACUCUUGAAGCGCAUGAGUCUCCCGUCGGAAACGUUUGAUAUCCAGCCCCACCGGUUACUAGCUUUAAAGCAGAGUUUGCAAGUUGAGGAGAAGAUGGACCGUGGUGUGUCUCCUGGGGGUCAGGAAGAGGUGCACCCUCCAAGUAUGCCCUACCCUCCACAAAGCAAACCUCUACAACAGAGCCUGUUGCAGCACCGUCUUCAGCAGAAGAGACAGCUAUUUCAGAAACAGUCUCAGCUGCAUAGUCAGCUCCAGCAGUUACAUAUAGAUCCACAGGCUUACGGCCCUGCCCCGUUACAACAGCCUCAGGAGGCUAAGGCCCCACCCCAGCAGCAGCCCAGUCCCUCACCCCAGACCAUCCCCUCAUGUAUGGGCAGCCCUGUGGUGCACCCACCUGUCUCUAGACAAGCCUCGUAUAAACUGGCCCAGCAGCAGACUGUGAUGCCACCAGAGGAGAGUCGCUCUAUGACAACGUGGCAAAUGGCACACAUUGAACUUCUCCAGCAGAGUGAUCUUCAGAAGCAGCUUGUCCCCCAUAUAGCACCCCAGCUGCAUAACCGUGACUUGUCCACAGCGCUCCAGCACCAGCUACCACACCAAUACCCAUCCUGGCAGCCUCCGCAACCUUGCAGUCUGCAGAUGCCUGAAAUCCACGAAAAACCAAGUCAGGAGCUGCUUCAGAAGUAUUUGACUGUUGAGGAGAGACUUCUGCCGGGGACCGAGCCCUGCCCAGAAGAAGGUAGUGGUGGGGAGUCUCAGACAGGCAGUGGUGAGGUAGAUGACAGUGCUCAGUUGUCAGAGAGACUGAGUUCAGCUCUCAGUGCUGUGUCCUCCGCAAACACUAGCAGACCAAAGAUUGCAGAUAGUGCCCCCCAGUCGUGUUGACGUUGUGGAUGAGAGCAUGGAAUUAGCCUGAUCCAGUUUUUAAGAUUUUUAGAUCUUAGGGCCUCAAAUCAAAAAUCACGUAGCACAACAUAUAGCUGUCCACUGUCCCAUCCAUCCAUUGUAUACGUAUUGGAUAGGCUGUGGUUGUUAAGUAUUUUAGGCAGCCUUACUAUUUAUUUGAACACUUGUGUUCUGGUGACUAUGUGUUACACAUAACAAAUGAGUUGUGAAGUUGUGUAAUUUUUUAGGGUGUCUGAUGAUCACAAUUGCAGAUGAUGUUACAUUUUUCUUAUUUUAUACCAAAAAGUAAAAUGUGGUUACAACAGCAGUUGUGAAGGAAUUGUAUAAUGAUUUUUGUUAUUUACUUGUGAAAUACAGUUUUCAGAGAUCAUAAGUUUCAUAAGUUUAUAAAGAAUCAAAAAUAACUUCAUUUAUUGUACUUUGUACAUACUUUGUAGGUACCAUGUCUGUGUUUGGUUAAACUUUAGACUUAAGGCAUUGUUUAGUCUAGCAAAGAAAACACAGAGUGAUCUAUGAGGAGAAAUUCUGCAGCAUGACUGAACGGCUGUGCUAAUCUUUUGUGCGCAGCAUGCACUGUUCAGAGAAUGAGAUUAUUUGUUAAGAUUGGUGUAAAUCAAUUAUGUCCCGGUUUCCUCAACCACAAUACUGUCUGCUGUGGUAUAAAUGAAAUUAAAGUAACAAUUAAAUAAACAUACAAACAAAUCAAGCAGAUUCAGUUGAUUUUACAACUUUUUCUGACUUGAAAUCAUUUUGCAUGAAAUGAGUGAAUCAUGCCCUGAUUGAUCAUGCAACCAAAAGCAAGGUCGUACUGAUUACCACCUUAUGACUUGGUAUACCAGGACGUACAGACCUUUCAUGAGAUUAUUGUUUUUAAAUGUGUUCACCAUUCACAUUCUCUGAUUGGGCUCCUGUUAGCAGAAAGUUAUUCUUUUGUUAAAAAGUGUACGGUUUCUGACUUGUCAAAGGUUAAACUCGGUUGGCAGAAUCUUUUCUCCCGGUGACAGGCAUGCAAUGUUAUUUUUGUUACUCGAUGACAAUAUUUAUUGAGGUUGUUGAGUACAAUCAUGACUCGGUUUACGCGUCUGCUUGCAGGAAGCACGCGUAGUGUUAUGUGCACUUAGUAACGACCAUACCAAUGUUUCUUCGCUGCUGGUGGUUACAGUAGGCUCACAUAAUGCUACGAGUGCUUCAUGCUAAUGGGCCUUUGUAUUUAUCAAGCAACUUAGGACAGAAGUCAUACAGCCCUUAAAAAGCCAAACUCAGAAUUGGGAGAACUGGUUGUUACAUUGUCCUGUAGCAAAGAAUCAAUAUACAGCUAUAGGUGUGUUUAAAUUUUUUGACUUAAGUCCUUAGAUGUUCGAUAAAUAUGGGCCCUGGUUUACUACAAGAUAUACCGAUUCAGGGAUCUUUACUGAACUGCAUAUAUUUUCUCAUCAAGUUUGUUGCAUUUUUUUUGUAAUGUGAUAUCAUAUGAAUUUGUGUUACAAAGAAUUUCGGAUAUAUUUUGUUCUGUUUAUUGCCAAACGAAAUAUCUUCCAGGUUAGUUGUUAUAGGAGUUAAUUGUUUUUUGUUCUGGAGAUCAUUCCUAAAUAGCCCACAGUUUAUUUUGAAUUACGUCUGCAUGUGAGAAUCAACUUUCCUUCUCUUGAGUGAAAUAAGUAGACGUUAAAGGUAUUCGUUUAGAUAAUACAAGUCUCAUUGUCGUGUACGACAAAGUUUUUCAUGUCUCAGAGAUUAGUGUUUUCGCAUUCAUCGGGUAUGUUUUAUUACGGUGUCUCUUGACUCCUGUGAUUUGGGGCUGGUUUCAGGAAGCACUGCUUGUAUCAAUACAUUGUACACACAGCUGUCAUAGCGACAGAGGAUCGCUUUCACAAAAAAUCGUAAUUACAAUAUCCCGUAACUUUUGGAAAUUACAUCUGUGUGUAGUGCCAUAUGGUGGAUGUGUGUUUAGAAAAAAAAGGUUCCGAAAAAGUGCUUCAUACUGUGGGUAUAGUAGUCACUUGCAUGUGCUACUACAAGGCAGUAGUGAAACAUUCCGAAGAAUUAUAGAAGGAUGGAUGAAACUUCCAGGUGAAGUUCAGCAAUGUCCAGUCUUCCCCGAGAAGAGAUGUUGAAAAUGUUGAUUUUAAAGCAUUACUUAAACUCAUUCAACUCUUCGGGUUCAGCUCAUUUUUCUUCAUCACAGCAUUUUUCGAAAGCGCUUUUCUUUCUAUGGAGCAUCAAAAGUGCAAUUCAGUCGUCAGUUUACCCUGGAAAUAGCCAAAGAAUAUUAUACAAAAAAGUAAACAUUGUCCCCAUUUUAGGUAAGAAUCCAGAAUAUCUUCAAAUUUCAAUGCCAAAGACAUUGUGUCUGUUGUGUCGCUUUUUGGUUACGUUUAGGGACAAUACCGCUGUAUCCUCGGUAACAUUGUUCUGCAUGAACUGGUCAUUCUAUUUACUUAUUAACUCUUCAAAGCUUUGACUGGCUGUUAGGUGUAGUGACAGGGAUAUUGUUUUAAUUUGGACACAUUGUGCCCAUCAUUAUCUGGCACCAUUGCAGUGGUAUAUGUACUUGAGUACACAGCUUCACGUGUAUUUCACCUAUAAGCAUGGUGUUUAUGUACAUAUUCGUAAAUGCUCUUAGGUACCAUUUGGUAGGUAAUAAAAGAAGCACCAUUUGUAGAUGAUAAAACAAGGCAACUAAUCCUAAAAUAUGGGUGUGUCUAUAGAAGUGUCUAGCAUCACGAGUGGAUAUUGUUAUGGUGUUUAGUGAGACUCGCACGGCUAGGGUAUGCAGGAAUUUGGUUUCUCCCUUGAGUCUACUUUUCCACGGUUAUCAGGUUAUGUUUUAUAGGUAUUUUAUCAAGGUGCCUUUAGUAGCCUUGUUACUCGGAAGUCAUCACACUUUCAAUGUAAAGUUGUUAUGAAUGUAUGUAUAUAGUUCUAAGUUAUGAAGGCGAAGGUCUCGUAUAUAUACACACGUAUAACUUUGUACAGACUGUUUGGGUAGAUGCUCUUUGGAUAGAGUGUUUUAAUGCGAAUCUUUAUGCAGCGGCUGUUGUUGUAACUGCCAACUUUUCUACUUGUUUUGAGACUUGUAUAUUUUGUGAUUUAUUUGGUAAUCUUAUAUCAUCUGAAUGUAGCGGUGAGAUUGGCAUCAUUUUAUAUGCAGCUGCUCUGGUAACUUGCAUAGUUUUUACCCCUUCAGGUGUGAUAAAACAUGUUUUUUUUACCCCAGUGUUGAUGAAUUGAUUUCCAGAUAGUUCUUGGGUUGUUAUUACCUUUUCUUUCAUUCAGAUGGAAACAUAGCUCAUUUAAGCCCUGCGAAAUCCUAUGUUGUCUUGUGAAUGUCUCUUUACCACGUGUUGCUGCCUUGAUAAAAAAAAAAAAAAGUGUGCAAUGAAUGGAAAACCAUAAACGUACGUAGGUAGGCAUAUAGCCUUUGUUGGCAGACCGUAACUGAUAGGGCUAGUAGAGGAGGUGUUCUAGUGCUUUGUCUGUAUGCACAUUUACAAUUAAAACCGACUUACUUAAUACCUGUGCAAUUUUGUUAAGCAAUCACUGUAAAUGAUAAGUGUUGUGUUUGUCGCUAGCUGCAAGCACGUGUUACCCUAAAAGACCGUAUGCUAAGAACAUGCACGAAAGACUACAGUGAUUGCGUGACUGACUGACUGACUGAUUGAUUGGCAUGGACUGUCGUGUCAAAGAUUUGUUGACAAUUUCUACGCACGAGGAACUCAAAAGAUGUAACGCUAUAGAGAUUGUGCUGAUAGACCCUCACUGGAACUCUUUGAAUGAUAGUUUCACAGCAAUAAAAAAACAUUUCAGAA